AUGUCCACCGCCGCCGCCAGCAACCCAGCGCCUGUCGAUGUUGCGUCCGGCCCUCUUCCGAUUGCCGCCAAAGACCAGAUCGAAUGCGCCAGACAGCCCGCGCCCGCAUUUCUCUAUUCCCCGCCCGAUAGCAACGAUGCGGCCAAGACAGAUGCGACCGACUCGGAGCUGAGCGACCUCGACGAUGAGCCUGCCAACAAGCCCACCGAAGCCGACCAGGAAAAGGAGGACCACGACCAUGAUGAUAUUGGCGAGGUGCUGCCGGACCACUGGUCCGGCAACGUACCCGUCUUCCGCCCAACCAUGCAUCAAUUCAAGGACUUCGAGCGUUUCAUGAAAAAGGUGGACGGCUACGGCAUGAAAUCCGGCAUCAUUAAGAUCAUACCGCCGUCCGAAUGGAAGGAUGCCCAGCCGCCGCUCGAUGACCUCGUCAAAUACGUCAAGGUGCGCGAGCCCAUCAAGCAAGACAUCAUGGGCUCCAACGGCACCUACCGGCAAAGCGAGCAUCAGCCCCCGGCCAGGCGUGGAGAGCGGCGUGCCAACGCCGACAGACCGAAGCCACCGCGGACCCGUGCGCCAGCAGUCCCAAGGUCUACCAAGCCUUCGACGCCUAAGAAGCGUGGCAAGGGACGACCGGCAAAGGGUCGGAGCAAGCAAUCCCAGAAUAACGAAGAGGAGCGGCCAAUGACCCCGGUGUCUCCCAAGGAGGAGCCCCAUGACGUCGAGGACGAGCCUGUCGACUCCAUCGAGCGAGACGCCGCCGACGAGGCCGAUGAAAACGACUGCCAGCCCUCGUCAGUGUCGGCUCGCCGCAAGUACAGCCGCCGGGAAGGAUCGGCCAUGAUCGACGAGGCCGCGUUCAAGGAGUUUGACUAUCGGAUGGACAUAUCUGAUUACACGCCCGAGCGUUGCGAGGAACUUGAGCGUGCCUAUUGGAAGACCUUGACCUACGCAUCGCCACUGUACGGUGCCGACCUGAUGGGCACUCUGUUUGACGACAGGACAGACAUUUGGAACCUCAACAAGCUACCCAACCUGUUGGACGUAUUGGGCACCAAGGUUCCCGGUGUCAACACGGCAUACCUCUACUUGGGAAUGUGGAAGGCCACAUUUGCCUGGCAUCUCGAGGACGUGGACCUGUACAGCAUCAAUUACCUCCACUUUGGCGCCCCGAAGCAGUGGUACAGCAUCUCCCAGGCCGACGCUCGCCGGUUCGAAGCCGCCAUGAAGAGCAUCUGGCCCACCGACGCCAAGGCUUGUGACCAAUUCUUGCGGCACAAGGGCUUCUUGAUCUCGCCACACCACCUGCUGCAGCACUACGGCAUCAAGGUCAACAAGGUCGUGUCGUAUCCCGGCGAGUUCGUCGUCACCUACCCAUACGGCUAUCAUUCUGGCUACAACCUAGGGUACAACUGCGCCGAGGCUGUCAAUUUCGCGCUCGACUCCUGGCUACCGAUGGGCAAGAUUGCAAAGAAAUGCGAGUGUGCCCAAGCGCAGGAUAGCGUCUGGAUCAACGUGUACGAAAUCGAGCGCAAGCUUCGCGGCGAAGAAACUGAGUACGAAGAGACCGAAGACGACGAAGACGACGACGCCGAUGGAGACGGGGACAUGUCUGGCCUUCCGACACCGCCCGCUAGUCACGGGGUGAGGUUCAAGGACGGCGGCCGCAAGAGGAAGCGCGGUCUCCCCGGGAAGCGAGACAAGGUCAAGGUCAAGAGGAUCAAGCUCCGCCUCAAGGCAAAGGCCGAACCCCCCUGCUGCCUUUGCCCUCACGAUGUGUCCGGGUUGGACAUGCUGCCCACAGAAGAUGGUCGCAAAGCACAUCGCAUGUGUGCCCUAUACAUGCCCGAGACGUACGUGGAGACGGUGGACGACAAGGAAAUCAUCUGCAAUGUUGCGGCCAUCUCCAAGGACCGUUUUGACUUGAAGUGUCUGUUUUGCCGCUCGAAGCGCGGAGCCUGUUUCCAGUGCUCCAAGAAGAAAUGUGCCAGGGCAUACCAUGCAACUUGCGCUGCCGCCGCUGGGGUAUUUGUUGAAGAACAGGACGUGCCUGUCUUUGUCGACGACGGCACCGAGUUCAAGGAACGAGCCUUUGAAUUUAGUUGCCGAUUUCACCGGGUUAGGCGGGAGAAGAAGACGGACGGCGACGUCUUGGAGACGGACGAUCGCAUACGUGCGGCUGCAGAGGUGCUGCAAAAGGGAGAGAUUUGUCAGUUCCAACAUUACAAGGGCGACAUCUUCGCCGGCAUGGUGGUGGAGAACCGCGCGGACGAGCAGAUGGUUCUGAUUGAUGUCCUUCCCAACGGCGACCGAGUAGAGGUGGAGUGGAAGUGGUUACUGCUCCCGGACCCGGCCGAUUUCCAACUGCCCAAGGCGUCUGCCAAGGCCAUUCCCAUGCCUACAUCGCGCAAGGCCCAGGACCAACUGAACGCCAGGAGGCUUCACGACGACAAACCAAAGAAGGAUGAUGCAUUUGCCGACGGCUACAUCUGGGCUGAGUUCCACCUCGAACCAGUCACCAACAAGGACCAAGCCAGGAUCGACUUCUCGAAGCCGGACCAGACCUGGCACUACCUCGGAAAGACGUCGACCGAUGCCCGGGCCCAGUACACGGAGGAUCCGACAAGGCAGCGGCACAAUGCCAAAGGCAACUUCUUGAACACACUCCCGAAACCACCCAAGCCGGCGCCUGCGCCUAAAAGUGCCGCCCGCGCCCGACCACCGAAGGUUGCCCCGGUGGGCGGGUAUGCCUAUUCCUUCAACCACCAGCCCAGCGCCGCGACGAGCGCUGCGGCUGGCCGGCUCGAGAAGCCGUACGCGUACAAACCAAAGACGCCCAUCGGACCACAUCUCGCCCCGUUGACGUAUGCGCCCCAGAAGUUCGCCCCGACAGCUGCGCAACCAUCAUUUUCAGCACCCCACGGUGCUCCCUACCAGCACAGCGACAACUCGUCUCGGGCCUGCUACCCGAAGGAUGUGUAUCCGACGACGAAUUCGGGACCCGCAAAUACCCCCAGCCCGCAAGUACGCACGCCGGCGCCGCUCCAACACCCAAGCUAUGGCGGCGCGUCUAGCUUGCACAGACCCUCGCCUGGUCCAUAUCAGAAGACUGCCUCGAUGCACCAGAGUCGCCCCACGUGGCAGGUCCAUUCAUCAGUGUAUUACAGAUAUCCCUUUUUCCAGGUCAACCACAAUAGGGACUCGUCGAAGUAUCGAACCCCGUAUGCUCUGUGGGGCGGUUUCACAAACGGAUACGAGGGUGACUUACGGGCGCAUUUGAUGGCAAGGCAAAGCGACCUGCUGCGAAGACCCAGCCUGAAUCAAGCACCUUUGCCUGUCUCGAUGACCCCGAACUACGGGGCCUCAAACUUGCACGGCGCUGCGCAUCUCAAGAAACCCGGAGAUGUAUCUCCACCGGCCACAAAUCCACAAACCCUGGUGUCGGCUGCGUCGAUGCUGCAUCAAAACACGGCCAUGCUGCCGCCCCUUGUGCCCGGAGCCUUGAGCCAUCCAUUACACCCCGCCGUCAAACCACAGGCCGGAGCCGGUUCGCAGCACAGCCCACCCAGCCAGCAACCACCGGCUCAGGUGUCCCAAGCCGGAGUCGCCCCGGCGCAAAAGUCGAAUCAGGAUGGGCUGCCCGCGGCCGUCCAUCUUGCCCUUAAGUCGACCAAACCAGCGACGCAGACUCUGCCGAAACAGUCGCCGGUUCCUCUGCCUGCCAACUUCCUGGCAGCCAUGGCUUCAUCCCCGAGUAACACUCAGGCGUGCAAGUCGGAGCCUGUGCCCGCUCCGGCCGUCGACCCACCCCUAUUUGGCACAAGCUGCGAGGACGUCGGGACCCCCAGCGCCAAGGCUGCCAAGCAUGUCACUAGCACCAGCGACGUCGCAAGACGCGGCUCGGCAGGCACAGACAGCGCCGUUAGUGGAGAAGGGUCCGGCUCCGGGCCCCACGCAGUCCAGAGGCGGGCUUCCGAGCCAUGA